AGUUUAUCUAUGGAAAGAAAUUAGAAGGUAUUGACACAGAUUAGUCUGUGGUAUUGAUUUGACAGUUUGAGAGAAAUAAACUAAUUGACAUUCUAAUUCAAUUAUUGGAUAUAAUUGUUAUUAUAUUGAUAUAUCGAUCGUAUAAUUAUAGAAAGAAAUCUGUAGUUCCACUUGGCUAAAAACAUUACCGGGAAACUGUAACAUUUUUAUUCUGACAUUUGAUUCAGUGUUUAAAACAUGGAACCCAAAAUGGGAUAUGAUCGAUAUAUGCCUGAGAAGGAACCUAAUAUGAACUUUAGAAUUCCGAGGAAAAGAACAGCUGAGGAAUCUUUCGGAAAUAAUGAUAAUUAUAAUUAUUCAUCUUCUUACUAUGAUGCAAAUUCAGAAAAAAUUCGUGCUGAUGGUAGUUUCUCAAGUGCUGCUUCUAGAUCCUUUAGUAUAUCAAACUAUAGAAAGGCUGUCCCUUAUUAUUUUCCUGAAAAAUCUGAAUCUUAUUUGGAUUUAGCAAUUAAACCACCAGAGAUAACAACCAAUCUGAAUAAAAGAAUUGGUUUCACUCAAUUCCCUAAGAGCAAUUUUAUUAAUGAAGAAUACCCAAAGAUGUCAAUGGAUAUGAAAUUGAAUAAAUCAGGCUCUGGAUUCAGUACCCCUUUGUUUGGGUCUGGCAGUAAGGAUAGCUACUUUGGGGAAAAUAGAAGUUGGGGGACAAAUUUAAGCAGUGGUAUAAAGAAUCAUUCUGUGCCUUCUACAUCAUUUGCAAAUCAAAAUACAAUCCUUAUAGGAAAGAGAGGGGAGAUAUUGGGUAAAAGGCGGGGUUUUCUUGAAAAACCAUCUUGGAAUACCCAAAAUGUGGGUAGUGGUAGUAAUUUCACUUACAACAGAUUAAAUGAUGAUUUGAAUAGUGGCAACACUUUUGAAAGAAGUAGUUUCAAUGGAUAUAAUGGUGCCAAUAAUUUUAAUAAAAGUUUCAAUGAUGAUAAAAGAGGAUGUAACAGUUUUAACGAGAAUUGCUAUGGUGGUAUAUAUAAAAAUGGACUGAGAGAUGAAAAUGUAACACAGAACAACUUCAAACGAAGUCAAGAUGUGAAUGUUGAUAAAGUUCCAAGUUGGAAGCGAGAUAACUUGAAAUUUAAUGAUGGUGUAAAAAAUGUUGGUAGAUACUGGAAUAAGACAGAAAAGCCCAAACGACCCAAACCAAACAUAGCUCCUGUUGCCAUUCCGGAUCUUAAAGAUGAAACAUUACCAAAGGAACUGAGGCAGAUGUUUCAGCCUCUGUUUUGCAAGCUUUGUUCAUUGCAGAUGACUAGUAAUGUAAUGGCGAAGAUGCAUUAUGUUUCAAAAAAUCAUGAAAAGAAGAUACGCAAGUAUUUGACUGAACUAUCAGAGAAGACAGGUGAACCCUUGCAUCCUAGAGCUGUUACUACUAACCAGCCUAGGAAAGAGAAUGAAGAGGAUAAAAAUCCCAGAAAUUCUUAUUGUGAACUGUGUGACUUGCAAUUGACAAGUAAACAACAUGCUGAUUCUCAUUAUAUGGGGAAGAGUCAUAAUGCGGUUCGAUUGGGGAAGAAGAAACCUCACGGCAAGGGAUUCUUUGAUCCAAAUGGACAAUGGAUACGCAUAUCGAAAGAAACAAACCCAAAUUUGUCAGAAGGGGAUGAUACUUUUGGCAUGGAUUUCAGAAAAAAACCAGAAGAGAGUAAUUCUACCAGUGCUCAAGAAACAAUUCCUAGUUCUUCUGGGAAGUCCUCAGAGCUAUUCACCUGUUCACUUUGUAGUGUUUCUUGUGUAUCACAAGAUCAGCUCAAUAUACAUCUAGGUGGUUCUAAACAUAAGAAAAAGCUUAAGAUGAAAGGCUUAUCUCCAGAUAACUUCAUGCUGCCUAAGAAUUCCGAACAACAAGAUGAUAACAGUGCAACAGAAUGUGCUGCACCUUCUGUUAAUAUCGAUGAAUCACUGCGGGGCAAGUAUAUAACACCAAAUGGAUAUUUUUAUUGUGAGAAAUGUAAUUUAACUGUGAAUUCUGAGAUUCAGUUUAAACAACACUUAUCUAGCAAGAAACAUGCCAAGAAAGAGCAGCAAGAAAAUGUAGUAUAGAUUCUUCAAUAGAACAGAGAAAUAGUUUUAAUUUUUCUAUUUUUGAUUGAUUUUUCAUUUUGGUAGUUAAGCACGAUAAAUGUUAUGUACUUUGAUGUAUCAAUAGAUGUAUUUCAAAAAUA